AUGUCGAGCGCAGCUGUAGCGCGGAAUCCUCUUGUAUACUCAUUUCUCUAUGCGCCCUUCAUCCUCACGACUCCUCGCUCUACGAGCAAGAAGCUAUCACCGUCCGACCACAACAAUUUCGCCGUCAAGGAUGCAGAAAUCGAUGCAGCGGCAAUCCAAGCCGCCAGGGCCGAGUUGGAAGCUUUGAGACUCGCAGAGUCACAACAUGUGCGACAGAAAGUCCCAAAGCAGCAUACACCUGAAGAAGUACCCGAGCAGCAUGCGGCGGAAGAAGUCCCAGGUCUCGACGCUGCAUCCGAGAGCGCACCAUCAGAAAGCCCUAUCGAUGUCGAGAAGCCACUUGACGCGGCUUACACGCCUGGGCGCGAUAGUAAGGUGCAAGAGAAAUGGCGGCUCAAGUGGGAACUCACCCCGGAAGAGCAGCGGAGGGAGAGAGGCAGGCAGAAGAAGGCGGCGAAGAAAGCCGCAGCGAUAGCCGCCGACCACGAGAAGUUCCUUCAGCGACAACAAGCAAGAGAGGCGCGCGCAGCACUGAAGGAGGGCAGCCUACGGGAUAUGAUGACUUCGAAACUUGACAAGACCGGCAAAUUACGUACCUUACAAUCCUAUGACCUCAAUACGGCCGACGACGACGCAGAUCCAGACACAUCCAACAACCGACGACCCGACUGGGCCAAGCUCUCUCCGGAUGCCAUGCUUGGCAUCAAGCAGCUACACGCCUCCAACCCUACGAUGUACACCACGCCUGUCUUAGCAGACCAGUUCAAGGUCUCGCCCGAGGCGAUCCGGCGAAUAUUGAAAUCGAAAUGGCUCACUCAAGCAAGCCCGGCGGACGUACAGAGGCGGCGCGAGGCGUGGGCGAAACGGCACGAUGCGAUCUGGGAUCAGCAGAGCGAGUUGGGGCUGAGGCCGAAGAGGGAGAAGGAGAGGAGGGUGCGGGAUGCGAGUGAGGGGAUGGAUGAGUUCGAGGAAGGGGUCUGGCGGGAGAGGGUUCUGGAGGAGGCGAGGAGGGCUUGA